GAGAGGCGCGUAUUACUAAGUUCUAUUUCCAGUUGUGACGAGUGUUGUGAGUUUACCAGGUCUGUAGAGUUGGUACGAGUAACGGUAGGACAUGGCAGAUAUUACCGUCGGGUCCAGGAUUAUCUGUGAAGGAAACUACGGCACGGUGAGGUAUCUGGGAGAGGUGCCGCCAACAAAAGGCCAGUGGUUUGGGGUGGAGUGGGACGACCCCAGCAGAGGCAAACAUGACGGAGCUCCGGAGGGCGUCAGGUACUUCCAUACCAGACACCAGACUGGGGGCUCGUUUGUCCGCGCCAAGAAGGUGGACCCCGAAAGGCAGACGUGUUACGAUGCGCUGAAGGAUAAGUACGGUUUGGCGGCAGACGGAGACACGGGGGUCAACGAGGAAGACCUGUACGUCAUCGGCAGGUCGGCGAAGAAGGUCAUGGUGGAAAUGGUGGGAGCCGAGAAGGUGUCAAAACAACAGAGCCAUGACAAACUACGUGAUGUAGACUUGAGAGACCACAAGAUUGUCAGUGCAGGACCAGACGGCAUCAUCCAGACAACAGCACCAAACAUCACAGAACUGAAUCUGUCCAAGAACCUGCUCCCUUCUUGGGAGGAAGUGGCCAGAAUCACAUCCCAGUUACAGGGCCUGGAGAUGCUUCAUGUCAGUGAGAAUAUGUUAGAGUUACCGGAGGACCCAGCCAGCCUGUCAACAGCACUACAGACGGUCAAAAUCGUUUUCUACAACAGAGUUCAACUUCAAACUGAACAGUUACUGAGAUGUUCUGCCAUGUGGCCGGCUCUUCGAGAACUCCACAUCUGUUUCAACAACAUCACAGUGUUAGAUAGGCUGGGGUCCCAGUUCCCUGCUCUAACCCUACUGAACCUGGAGGGAAAUCAGCUACAAGACUGGGAGGAAGUCCUCAAGCUUGGAGACAUGAAAAGUCUGGAGACCCUGAUAGUGAACGAUACUGGCCUGACCAGAAUCGCCUUCAAAGACACACCUGUUGGUGAGAAAACUGGCCUGUUUCCCUGCCUCAAGUCCAUCUCCAUAAGUCGGAAUAAGCUGGAAAAUUGGGAGGACAUCAAUGAGUUGAACAAGCUGCAGUGCCUGCAGGAGUUGGAGUGUCGCAAUAACCCGGUCCUGAGCUUGGAGACGGACAAGAUGGCCGUCAGGCUGAUGCUGAUCGCCAGGAUAGGGGGUCUCAGGGUCUGCAACAGGAGUCAGGUAACAGUAAAAGAGCGCGAGACCGCAGAGCUGGACUACAUCAGGAAAUACGGGCUAGUCUGGUUGAAGGCUGGAGGAGACCCGGAACCAGAGAAGAACAAACCCAGUCUGCGCUUUCAGCAGACUCAUCCAAGAUUUGCUGAAAUCAUAGCAAAGUACGGUGCUCCCAGCAAGCAUGACCUGGAACCAGUCACCACAGCUUUGAAGAAGACUCUCCUCUCUGUGAAAAUAGUUUGUCCAUCAAAAGGAGACAAAGUCUACAACAAGAAACUUCCAGGUACCAUGACUGUACAGAAGCUGAAGAUCUUGGUCCAGCGACUGGUUAAGAUCAACAUUUCUGAUCAAAAGUUGUCUUACACAAGUGGGAAGGAGGAUCUAGAGGAGAAGCAAGAGAUUGAGCUGGACAAUGACAUGCGAGACCUGAUCUUCUACUCCAUAGAGAAUGGGGACAUCAUCCUGGUGCAGGAGGAGGCCAGCUGACCUGGGAUGUCAUUCUCUCUUUUAAUCUGUCCUUGUCACCUCGUUGUCUGAGACAUUUAUAGAAAUGACAUUACCUAAUUAAAAGUCCCUUUCCACUGGAGGCUGUGAUUGCUGCUGGUCAAAGACGAAUUGCUGAAGUACUCUAAUCUCCAAGCAGAUCCUACGAUGACAUAAUCUAGUACCAAACCGCCCAAGGAGUGUAGUCGGCCAAGAGUUGUACAUUUGUCAUGUAGCGAACCACACUCCUAAAGGUGCACUCUCGAACCCCGCAAUGCCGCAAGCGUCCCCCGCGUCCGGUGAGAAGCCGGCUUCAAUCAUCUGCCAGCUUUUGAUACUAUCUUAUGCUACUGUAGGAUCUGCUUGGAGAUUAAAGUACACCACAAAUUUGGAGAAAGAACAGUCUUUUAAAUAUUUUGUGUUUUUGUUGUAUGUCUAAAUCUUUUUACAUCUGACUGAUUAUAUGACAAGUGUGGGUGAUUGAGACACUAAUUGUAUAGCCCUGUAUGUGAAUCAGUAGCAAGAGCAGAAAAUUUAUGGAGGAAUAGCAAGUUUUAAAGUAAUUUUCAGCUAAAAGUCGUUUGUCCAAAGGUCUUAAUGUAACCAAUGUGAUUACUAGUAAUACAUUCCUCAGGUACAAUAAUUGUAACAAUGACAUGUAAUCUGUUGAAUUCUUCCUUCUGCUCCUGCUCCAAGCAACUAGUACGUUUCUUCUGACCACAAGUUUUAUGAUAAAGCGGAAGAGGGGUGUUUGGGUAGAAGAUAACCAUCCCAAACAUGGCAUUGCAGCAGCCUUUGUUGCAGUCUUUGAAGCACAAGUCAAAAAAAGAAAACCUAUCUAAAGAGUACACUACUACUUGCUGGGCUUUUGUAAGACUUUACAAGGCCAUGACACAAUAAUGCACUGGCCUUGUUGACAUAUGUAUUCAACCUUAUUUUUUAAUCACUAUGCAAAGGUACUACAUUCACUUGUUAUUUGCCAUUUUGGGCGCCAAAAAGCACUUAAGAAUGUGAAGAAAUUGAAUAAAUCAAUCGAAGUGAA